AAACUCAAAGUGUUGAUUUUGGACAUUUUGGAUGUUCUUGAGAAAUAGAGAACGAGGAAAGCAUUUUCUUGUGUUUUUGUGAAAUUGUUUAAAUAUUGAGAAACAAGGCUUUUUAAAGAAAGUUUCCUUUUAUCGCCAUAAUAUAACAAUUUAUGUCCACAAGUGUUCUUUUUGGACAGAAAAGAGGAAAAUUUACUUCCUAACCUAUUUUUUCCGAGAGGUGAAAAAAUAUUCCUGACAAUUUGUCAUUUGUCUUGUCAGAGAAAGUGAAUUGAUAUUUUAAGUGAAAUUUGUUAACUAAUUUUCGGAAAUAACGAUGAAUAUUCCGCCAAUUCAGCAAGUCGGUGGAAUGGGAAUGGGCCAAAUGGCACCAACUGGAAAUCCACAACUCGCACAACCGCAACAACAGGCCCAACAACAGGGACAACAACAGCCACAAGAAAAAUUGGAUAAUAUUUCAAAAGUAAAAUCCCUCGUUGGACCAUUGAGAGAAGCAUUAUCGUUGACAUUGAAAACUGCAACGCAAACAUUACAGCAAAAUAGUUUAGUCGAUGUUGGCUCGACAAAGGGAAUUGAUCCGCCAGAUCAUCGAUUCAAUAAGAAUAUGGAAGACUUCUAUUCAAUUUGCGAUCAAAUUGAAUUACAUUUGAAAACGUCUAUCGAAUGUAUGUCGCAGCAUUCGAGUUCAAUUCGUUAUUUGCCAAUUCCAGUGAUGCCAACGAGAACCGAGGCCGUCACACCGCAGGAAGGCACUGCAUUAACUUAUCCACAAUUUUUAAUGACAGUGCAAAAUCAGGUGCAAUUUAGUCGCGAUGUUCAUAAUACAAUGAUGAAAGUAGGCAAUGCACUUGCCAAUACGGACACGUGAAUUUAUUUCGAUUUUCAGAAUUUUAUUUAUUUAUUUCGAGAGAAUACGAAAUUGGAAAUUUACUUUUUAUUUCGAAAGACUGGAAUUUAGAAUUUUUCUUUAUUUCCGAAAAAGGGGAAUUUAGGAAUUUUACUUUAUUUCGAGAAAUAAGAAUUUAGAAUUUUCCUUCUUUCAAAAAAUAAGAACUUAGAAUUUCCCUUCGUUCAAAAAGUUAGAAUUUAGAAUUUUCCUUCGUUCAAAAAAUGAGAAUUUAAAAUUUUACUUAUUUCGAAAAAGGGAAAUUUUGGAAUUUUACCUUAUUUCGAGCAAUAAGAAUUUAGUAUUUUAGUUAUUUCGCAAAAUAAGAAUUCAGAAUUUUCCUUCAUUCAAAAAAUAAGAA